GUUUUCACAAAAAGUUUGCGGAAGUUGUGUUGGUGUACUUCCGUAGCAAAAGACAAAAAUGGCAGAACGGGGAUACAGUUUUUCUCUCACAACAUUUAGCCCCUCUGGCAAACUGGUGCAGAUUGAAUAUGCUCUGGCCGCUGUAGCAGCCGGUGCUCCAUCUGUAGGAAUCAAAGCAUCAAAUGGAGUUGUGCUUGCAACUGAGAAGAAACAGAAGUCCUUACUGUAUGAUGAACAGAGUGUGCACAAAGUUGAGCCCAUAACCAAACACAUUGGCAUGGUGUACAGUGGAAUGGGUCCUGACUACAGGGUGCUGGUCAGGAGAGCAAGAAAGCUGGCGCAGCAGUAUUUCCUGGUAUACCAAGAGCCAAUCCCCACAGGCCAGCUGGUACAGAGAGUGGCUUCUGUUAUGCAAGAAUACACACAGUCAGGAGGUGUGCGGCCGUUUGGAGUCUCUCUUCUCAUUGCCGGUUGGGACGAAGACAGACCGUACUUAUUUCAGUCAGACCCAUCGGGAGCAUACUUCGCCUGGAAAGCCACAGCAAUGGGAAAGAACUAUGUGAAUGGAAAAACAUUCCUUGAAAAAAGAUAUAAUGAAGAUCUGGAACUUGAAGACGCUAUACACACUGCCAUCUUAACUUUGAAGGAAAGUUUUGAAGGGCAGAUGACAGAGGACAACAUCGAGGUGGGCAUCUGUAAUGAGGCAGGAUUUCGCAGACUGUCACCUGCUGAGGUGAAGGAUUACCUGGCAGCAAUUGCUUAAACAACAGCACUACAACUGCUUACACAGUUUACUAUUUCGGUUUGGUUGUUAAUUUGAAUGCUGCAUUUUUUGCUGCAACUGAUUUCUCUAUAAAAGUAUGCAUAUUAUUAACAAAUGUUACAUCCUGCGUAUUUCACUAUGACAUUUCUUUGUGAUUUUUGUACCUGACUGUAAUUACGAAUUACCUUGUAAGGUGUCGUGUGGGAUCUGAACUGUUUUAUUAGUAAAAAAAAACAAAAAAAACAAGUGUUUGACAGGCAACAGAUAUGUAUUUCAAGCUGCUUCGUCACAGUACUGUCCAUGCUAAUGGGAUCUUUCCCUGAGGCUCAGUUCAUGUACAUUUUUCAACAU